AAAGAUUAAAAAUGCAAACAAACACGAAACAAUAAUCACAACAGAAAUGACAAAUAUCAAUUAAAAACAACUGGUAUUCCAAAUCAAAUCCCAUACGAAAGUUCAACAUGUCUGUGAUCUUCAAUCAAGACAUGUAUUAGUAGUGUCAAAAGCAAUGACUUACUGAGGAAAUUAAUUGAUCAAUUAAAGAAACAAAAAAUAAAACAGUACAAGAAGAAAUAAAAAAAUUAUAUAGAAAAAGGUGAUUGAUACACCCAAAAAAAAUGGUAUACAAUGCUUUUGGCACUAUUAUCUUGUUAUUUUGUUAAGUUUUCGGAAGAUGUUUUUGUAUAAAAAUGUUGAUGAUUUGACUAAUAGCCAUCAGUUUUAAGUUAACUGCACAAAUCUACAAUUGAGAAGAUUAUUCGACAUCAAUAGUUCAUUAAGAUGCGCGUAUUUCUGACUUUGUGCUCAAUGGCUGCUUUAGCUUUGGCUAAGCCACAAUACAAUUACGGUAGUGGUAUUUCUGGCAGCUUUGGAAGCUCUGGUAGCUCUGGAAAUAUUGGAGGUCUCAGUGGUCUUAGUUUUGGAGGAUUGGGCAGUAGUUCUGGAGCUUUAUUUGGGGGUGCUGCUGGAAAAUUCCAAGGAGGCAGUGUUGGUGGAUUCUCUUCUGGAGCUAUUGGUGGUGGUUCAUCAUUUGGUUCUGGUUCUAUUAGUGGUGGUUCAUCAUUUGGUUCUGGUUCUAUUGGUGGUGGUUCAUCAUUCGGUUCUGGUUCCUUAGGCGGUGGAUCAUCAUUCGGCGGUUUCCAAUCAAGCUCAUCAUCAAAUUACAAUCAACAUCACUCAGCCCAAUUCGAAGCACCUUUCGUACAUAAACAAUUCAUUACUGUUGCUGCACCCGAAGAUAACGAAAAUUUGGAACGCACCAAACAUUUAGUUAUUGGUCGUCCUCAAAAGAAUUAUCGCGUCGUUUUCAUUAAAGCUCCAUCAUCUAGUAAUGCUAAUGUCAAAUUGUCUGCCGAAUAUGCUCCCCAAGAAGAAAAGACCGUCAUUUACGUUUUGUCCAAAAAGGAUAGCUCUUUGGAAGUUGGCGAUAUUGCAACACCUGCUCCAUCUGUACCCAGCAAACCAGAAGUAUUCUUCAUUAAAUACAAGACCGAAGAAGAAGCUCAACAUGCCCAAAAACAAAUUCAAGCCGAAUACGAUAAAAUCGAGGGCUCCUCUGAACAUACUGAUGCUGGCGUUGCUCCCCAACAGUCGGUUGUUGGUAUUUUGGAUGGAUCUAAUGGUGGUGCUUCAGGAGCCGGUACUGGUGCUGGAUAUGGCAAUGCUGGUAAUGCUAUUGGUGUCGGUUCUGGAAUUUCUAAUUCAUUUGUUGGCGGUUCUGCAGGUUCUAUUGGACAUAAUGGAGCCAAAUCUUCUGCUUAUUUGCCUCCUGCUGGUCAUUAAUAGUUUUUAUCGCAUUUUUAAACACUCGAAAAGUAUUAAUUUGUAUACAAGUAAAUGUUAUGUUUUAUAAAAAUUAAACGAAUAAAACCAUUUAAACGGAAGUUAUGUUCAAAAUUUAAUUUGCUUAAUAUAAAUGAUAAUAAUAAUAAUAAUAAUAAUAAUAAUAAAUGAAGAUUGUGUAACAUUUUCUACAGCAUACUAUCGUGCUAUAAUUCCCACAUUUAAAAAACUGUAAUA